AUGUAUCCGACGCCGACGCGGCACCCCGCUGCUGCUGUUAGGGGGCCGCAGCCCGCGACUGGACCUAUUAAGUUUACGAUAGCAGAUACUUUAGAACGUAUUAAGGAAGAGUUUAACUUUUUACAAGCACAAUAUCACUCAUUGAAACUAGAAUGUGAAAAAUUAGCCAGUGAGAAGACUGAAAUGCAGAGACAUUAUGUGAUGUAUUAUGAAAUGUCAUAUGGUCUAAAUGUGGAGAUGCAUAAACAGACAGAGAUAGCGAAGCGGUUAAGCGCGAUAAUCGGUCAAGUUCUACCGUUCUUAGCUCAAGAACAUCAACAGCAAGUUGCGGCAGCCGUGGAAAGAGCUAAGCAGGUCACUAUGUCUGAACUUAAUGCUAUUAUCGGGCAACAGCAACAACAUGGUCUCCAGCAACUCCUUCAACAGAUCCACGCGUCAGGGCUGCCACACGGUGUGGGAGGGGCGCUGUUGGGUGCUGGAGUUCUGUUCCCUGGAGCCCCCGCGCCUCCACACUUGCCGCCCCCCGCGCAUAAGGUCGAGCUUCCUCCGCCCGCUGACAUAAAGCCGCCGGUGUUAGCGAGCGGCCCUCCCGCGCCUCAACGAGACGACGAUCGGAUACCCACGAGAAAUAUGAACACACAGCAGAGACGUUCGUUGUCUCCACACGAGCGCGAACAGAAGUACCGUCCGAGGUCGCCCGAGGCUGAGACGUGCGACGUGAAGAGGAGGAAGGAGGAGAAGGUGGGGCAUGUGAGUCUGUGUAGUGACAGUGAUGCUGAGAAGAGCGAUCAGGACCUAGUAGUGGAUGUGGCUAACGAGGAGGAGCGUGGGUCUCCUGGCGCUAGGACGGAGAGCGGAGAGAGAGCGGAGAACGGCCCCAGACCUCCUUCAAGGUCCGGCUCGUCUUCGAGUAGGUCCACACCUAAGAGCUCCAAAGACGAGAAACCAGGAACUCCCGGGGGCAAAGCCCGAGCUCCUACCCCGACGGGUCGGUACGCGUUCCCGCCUUACGGUUACAGACCGCCCCUGCCUUAUGAAGGACCGCUGGCUAGGACUAACGGACUACCUCCCGCUAAACCUGCAUAUUCAUACCACACAUGCGGCGGGCCCCUUCAGCCAGUGCCGUUCCCGGCAGACGCGCUAGUGGGGCCGGGCAUACCUCGCGGGGCGCGACAAGUGGCAGCUCUGCCACACGGCGAGGUCGUCUGCGCAGUCGCUCUGUCGCUCAGCGGCGGCUCGCGACACGCAUACACCGGCGGGAAGGGCUGCGUUAAACUAUGGGAUAUCACUAACCCCGGACCUAAUAUGGAACCGUUAUCACAGUUGGACUGCUUGCAAAGGGAUAACUACAUUCGUUCAGUGAAGCUGUUGCCCGACGGUCGUACACUUCUAGUAGGAGGUGAGGCGUCCAACUUAUCUAUAUGGGACCUCUCAUCUCCGACACCAAGAAUCCGCGCAGAGCUCACUUCAUCCGCGCCCGCAUGUUAUGCACUCGCUAUAAGCCCAGACUCCAAGGUUUGCUUCAGUUGUUGUUCAGAUGGCAACAUAGCAGUAUGGGAUCUCCACAAUCAAACAUUAGUUAGACAAUUUCAAGGUCACACCGACGGAGCGUCUUGUAUAGACAUAAGUCCGGACGGAUCCCGCCUUUGGACGGGCGGUCUUGAUAACACCGUACGGUCCUGGGAUCUAAGGGAAGGACGACAGUUACACCAACACGACUUCUCUAGUCAGAUAUUCUCAUUGGGAUACUGUCCUACGGGUUCUUGGCUGGCCGUGGGCAUGGAGAAUAGUCAUGUUGAAGUAUUACAUGCUGGUAAACCGGAUCGCUAUCAACUUGUUCUACACGAGUCCUGUGUAUUGUCACUAAGAUUUGCUGCGAGCGGUAAAUGGUUCGUCUCCACUGGGAAGGAUAACUUAUUGAACGCGUGGCGGACACCUUACGGAGCUAGUAUAUUCCAGUCAAAGGAAUCAUCUUCGGUGCUGAGUUGUGAUAUAUCGUCUGAUGAUAAGUUCAUAGCGACGGGUUCCGGCGACAAAAAGGCCACAGUGUAUGAGGUGGUGUAUUGA